UGUUUGGCAGCUUUGAAAGCCCUUUGCUGGGUAGCAGUUAGCCCAGGGCAGGACAGAAAACUUAAUUAUACUCAACCACAUAACUUUUUAGCUCUUCUUCAUACACACACACAGAUGUCCUACCACCACUGCCCUCAACUGGUCAAAUUUCAUCACAAAAUGAGAAUUUGAUAGCUCUGUUGAUUGAUCAAAGAGAGUCACCUCUAGCUAUCUUCACAUCCAGACUGCUUAGCCGACAGGAGAAGGGAAUGAAGUCGAAUAAGACUUGAUUGCUGAUCAGUUGGUGCCCAUCGUAAAGCUCUUCCCCAUGGCUAAAACAGGGAGAUAAAGAACGGUCACCACCAUCAGCUGGACCUCUUCAGGGGUUGUCUUCAAGGUGAUGUUUCCAUGCUGAUCCGGAGAACCUCCCCAAAGCCGGUCUCUGACUUGCUCAAGAUUCCAGGAUCCCUUCUGCUUGGUUUCAUCUGCCAUGCUUCACCACACAGCAUUCUUAUUGCACUGUCUUCCCCUGGUCAUGGGACAGUAUGAUAUCUGCAAAUCCUGGGUAACCACAGACAAUGGGCCCAUGUGGGAGUUUUACGCUUGCCAACCCAAAGCCGUGGCCAUGAAGGACUUUGCCACCGUCAGGGUGGAACCAUCCGGCAUCACCUGUGGGAAUCCGCCCGAGCGCUUUUGCACACAUGAAAACCCAUAUCUGUGCAGCGACGAGUGCGAUGCUUCGAACCCAGACCUGGCCCACCCCCCCAAGCUCAUGUUCGAUAAAGAAGACGAAGGCCUGGCGACUUACUGGCAGAGCGUGACAUGGAGCCGCUAUCCCAAGCCUUUGCUGGCCAACGUUACGUUGUCUUGGAACAAAAGCAUCGAGUUGACCAACGACAUCGUGUUGACUUUUGAGUACGGCCGGCCCACCAAAAUGAUUCUGGAGAAGUCGUUGGACAACGGGAGGACGUGGCACCCGUACCAGUACUACGCGGAUGAAUGCAAUGAAGCUUUUGGCAUGCCGGCACGGAAGGUGAGGGAGCUUUCCGCCAGCAGUGUCAACAGGGUGAUCUGCACGGAGGAAUACUCGCGCUGGGCGGGGUCCAAGAAGGAGAAGGACGUCCGCUUCGAGGUGAGGGACCGCUUUGCCAUUUUUGCUGGGCCAGAGCUUAAAAACAUGGACAACCUUUACACCAGGCUGGAGAGUGCCAAAGGCCUGAAGGAUUUCUUCACCGUGACAGACUUGAGGAUACGGCUUUUGAAACCGGCUCUCGGGGGGACCUAUGUCCAAAGGGAGAACUUGUACAAAUACUUCUACGCGGUCUCCAAUAUUGAAGUCACAGGCAGGUGUAAAUGUAAUCUCCAUGCCAACCAGUGCAUUUUCAAGGAGGGAAGUCUCCAGUGUGAGUGUGAACAUAACACGACGGGACAGGACUGUGGCAGGUGCAAGAAGAAUUUCCGCAGCAAGUCCUGGAGAGCUGGCUCCUACCUUCCCCGUCCCAACGGUUCUCCUAAUGUGUGUGCAGCUCCCAACUUUGGCAUUUUGUCCAAGGCCUCCAGACUCAUCCAGCUCAAAUCUGGCUCUGUUCCACUGAUCUCUAUUGAAACAUUUCAAGACUGCGAAUGUUAUGGACAUUCCAACCGGUGCAGCUUUAUUGACUUCCUGAACUUAGUGACCUGCAUUAGUUGCAAACACAACACUCGGGGACAGCACUGCCAAUAUUGUCGGCUCGGCUACUACCGAAAUAGCUCUGCGGAGCUAGACGAUGAGAGUGUGUGUGUGGAUUGCAACUGCAACCGAGUUGGCUCGCUGGCCAACCGUUGUAAUGAGACAGGCCACUGCGAGUGCAAAGGCGGUGGUGUGACAGGGCCGAAAUGCGAUGACUGCUUGCCCGGGUACUACUGGAGACAGGGAUGCUUCCCAAAUGUCUGUGACGACGAGCUCCUGAUUUGCCAAAACGGAGGCACUUGUUACGAGAACCAGCGGUGCCUCUGCCCCCCGGAUACCAAGGGCGUCCUGUGUGAACAAACUAAGUGUGAGGGUGAAAACACAGAGUGCGACUCGGCCUCUGGGACAUACCUCAGCCUUUCAGCGUUUGUGGCCGGCGCUCUGGGCCUGCACAUGCAGCAGCUGUUGGGCCUCUGAAGGGCAAGGACGGAGGUGGCCUGCCAAAAUCACGUGAAGAGCCUCAAGCGAAAGCGAGAAAGGAUGGGACAGCGUGAAAAUGUUGCAAGCUAGGAAGCAAAGGCCCUUCCCAGCCGCUGGUGUUUCUUGGUCCUCGUUGGCCUAUCGCUGAAGGAUUCAAAGGGGGUUCCUGUGCCUCACGGAGGUCACUGGUUGGACGUGGCUAAAGGAACAGGGACAUCUUCUGUUGCGUCACCAAGACGGGAUAGAACAGCUUGACGGGACUUUGGGGAAAUGCAAAGCGUUUGCAUCCUUCCAACUAUCUUCUCAAGGGGCGAAUUGUCCAGGGCUCCUCUCUGCACAGGGGCAACUGCCAAAAAGGGGACAGGG